AGCUGAUGCAGCUCUGUCCAUGUUUUCUGCGCGUUGCUCGGUACAUCACGGGAUCGUCGGCAAAACCGCCCCGGAAAGGCUAAGACCGGACACAGUCGCCCGUGUCCACCUCAACCUCAACCUCUUCCCUUCCCUUCCCUCUUUCUUCCCUCUCCCCAUCUUCUCGUCCCUUUGACCUCAUUUAUCCCCGUUUCGCUCUUAAACACCAUCAUAAUGUUCAAGAGCGGUCUUGCCCGGACCUUCGGGAGGGCUGCUUUUGCCCGGCCUACCCCGGUCGCCCGUCGCGUUCCUUCCAAGAUCAAUGCCUUCCCUUCCCUUGCCAGGUUGGCCAGCACUGAGGCCGGCGCUAGCGGCAAGAUUCACCAGGUCAUUGGUGCCGUCGUCGACGUGAAGUUCGAGGGUGAGAAGCUCCCUGCCAUUCUCAACGCCAUUGAGACCGAGAACAAUGGCCAGAAGCUCGUGCUCGAGGUUUCUCAACACUUGGGUGAGAAUGUCGUCCGUACUAUUGCUAUGGAGGGUACCGAGGGUUUGACUCGUGGUGCCGCUGCUCGCGACACUGGUGCUCCCAUCACCAUCCCUGUCGGUCCUGGCACCCUGGGCCGUAUCCUCAACGUCACUGGUGACCCCGUCGACGAGCGUGGUCCCGUCAAGGCCACCAAGUACGCCCCUAUCCACGCCGAGGCUCCUGAGUUCGUUGAGCAGUCCACUGAGGGUGAGAUUCUUGUCACUGGUAUCAAAGUCGUCGACCUGCUUGCCCCCUACGCCCGUGGUGGUAAGAUUGGUCUCUUCGGUGGUGCCGGUGUCGGUAAGACCGUCUUUAUCCAGGAGUUGAUUAACAACAUUGCCAAGGCUCACGGUGGUUACUCCGUCUUCACUGGUGUCGGUGAGCGUACCCGUGAGGGUAACGAUCUGUACCACGAAAUGCAGGAGACUGGUGUCAUUCAGCUCGACGGUGAAUCCAAGGUCGCCCUUGUGUUCGGUCAGAUGAACGAGCCCCCAGGUGCCCGUGCCCGUGUCGCCCUUACUGGUCUGACCAUUGCCGAAUACUUCCGUGACGAGGAGGGUCAGGAUGUGCUGCUCUUCAUUGACAACAUUUUCCGUUUCACCCAGGCCGGUUCUGAGGUGUCUGCCCUUCUUGGUCGUAUCCCCUCUGCUGUCGGUUACCAGCCCACUCUGGCCGUCGACAUGGGUGGUAUGCAGGAGCGUAUUACCACCACCACCAAGGGUUCCAUUACCUCCGUCCAGGCCGUCUACGUCCCUGCUGACGAUUUGACUGACCCUGCCCCCGCCACCACUUUCGCUCACUUGGACGCCACCACUGUCUUGUCCCGUGGUAUCUCCGAGUUGGGUAUCUACCCUGCUGUCGACCCUCUUGACUCCAAGUCUCGUAUGCUCGACCCCCGUAUCGUCGGUCAGGAACACUACGACACCGCCACCCGUGUCCAGCAGAUGCUCCAGGAGUACAAGUCCCUCCAGGAUAUCAUUGCCAUUCUGGGUAUGGACGAACUUUCUGAGGCUGACAAGCUCACUGUCGAGCGUGCCCGUAAGCUUCAGCGUUUCCUGAGCCAGCCUUUCACCGUCGCCCAGGUUUUCACUGGUAUCGAGGGUAAGCUGGUUGACCUUAAGGACACCAUCCGCUCCUUCAAGGCCAUCAUCAACGGAGAGGCUGAUGACCUUCCUGAGGCUGCUUUCUACAUGGUUGGUGACCUCGAGUCCGCCCGUGCCAAGGGUGAGAAGCUCCUGGCCGAGCUCGAGAACAAGGCCUAAAUGUAAUAUUGUUUUUAAGCGCCCUUUUCUUUUUUGUUAGACAUGGACUUCCUUUCUUCAGUUAUCCGUUUUCUGUCGAUACGUGUACAGUACUCGAAUUAAGAAAAGGGAGUUGAACGAAAGGCUUAUCCUCCCUGUUCAGAAGAAAAAGGAAGGGAGCACUAUUACACCUACCUUAAAGUCCGGAAGUACCUUCCGGACUUGUGUUACACUACGUGCUCAUGUAAGUAAGUUAAAACGACCACAUUCAGCCUGAUACCCUCGGGGCUGGGACAAUUGUAUUCAUUUCUUUUGUUGCACCAA